AUGAUGAAAAUUUGUCUAAUUCUGGUGCUUAUGCUCCCUCUAAUUACCCAUGCCCUGCAGACUUGUGAACAAUGUAUAAGCUCAGGAAAUCACUACUGCGCGGACACAAAGAUCUGUAACAGUCCAGUGUGCCUCAAUACUAUUACGGUAGCUUUGAAUUGUCCACAUGCCCCGAACGCCACUUAUGAUGACCAUGAAGCCCGAACAAAGUGGCUCCCGUUGUUUGGAGCCGGAGCAACUAAUGAGAAAAUGGCUCAGAAGUGUUUUGACAACAACUGGCCAACCAUGAAACUAUCAAAGCGGAUCCUGGUGAAUUGCAGUGAUCCGAGUCCAAUUCUUCCGACCACCCAAUGCGCCAUGAUCACCGCCGUGGACACAUCUCAACGCAUUUUGGUCCUAUCGUUCCGUGCAACAGUGGGAGGUACCCAGAUGGGAGAGGAGAUUCUGAACUAUUUUGUCGGAAAGAAGCAAUUUUUUGAUGUCGGAAUGAUCUUUGAGUUCUUCUACGAUGCCUACGUGGCACUUUGGAAUGGUGGACUAUCGGCAGAGAUUCGGAAUUUGAAGUAUAAAUAUCCGGAUUAUGAAGUUUGGGUCACCGGCCAUUCUCUUGGAGCAGCGUUGGCAUCUGUUGGAGCCUCUUGGAUUGUCAAAACUGGACUAUUCAAUCCAAAUAAUGUAAAAGUGUUCACUGCGGGACAACCAAGAACCGGAGACUAUAAUUAUGCAAUGUGGCAUCAGAAUACGUUCGCCUACUCCUUCCGCGUGGUUCAUCAUCACGAUAUUGUACCCCAUGUGCCUUUCCAAUACGAGGUGGUUGAUCACGACAAGAUGUAUCAUCAUAGGACAGAAGUUUGGUACAACAACGACAUGUCCGAAGGUUCCCCGUACCAAAUUUGUCCAGAAGCUGAUGGAUUGUACUGUGUAAACCAACAGUUGGAUCUAAGCUGGAACGAUCAUACCCACUAUUUUAAUACGGAUCUAAAUGUUUAUGGAGACCAAGGGUGUCCCAAGAAAAAUUGA